UGAAAUGUUCCCAGACUGGCGGAGAAUAACAAAACGAUGGAGUGGUGGUCGUGACAUGCUGUUUCCAUGAGUUUGGAAUGUCUGCAUAUUGCGAGGAUGUGAUUUUUUGUACGAAAAUCGAAAUUGUUGAAAUAAAAUGAUCAAGAUUAUGCAGGAGCACGAUGCUCGCAGCAACAUCAAGCAAACUGGAACUGCCACCAAAUUUAUUUUAUCAGAAAAUGUGCCAUUGGAACACGCAGAACUUAUACCAUAUAUGCCCCAUAAUUUGACAAUAACUGAGUUGGGAAAGCAAUUGCUUAAAGCAGCGACAGAUGGAAAUGUUGAGGAAAUUAGAUUGCUUCUUGGAAAGGGAGCACCAUUUUCUGCAGAUUGGUUAGGCACAAGCCCUUUGCAUCUGGCUGCUCAGAAUAACCACUUGGAAGUAUGUGAGAUCCUGCUCAGGGCUGGCAUGUCCAGAGAUGCCAGAACAAAAGUUGAUAGAACACCUUUGCACAUGGCUGCUUAUGAGGGACACCUAGAAAUCGUUGAAUGCCUUCUUAGAAAUGGAGCAGACUUCGAUUGCAAAGACCUUUUACAUAUGACGCCAUUGCACUGGGCUGCCCAGAAUUCCCAUGCUGAAGUUGCAGCAAUCCUGAUUAGGUAUGGAGCUACAACGAAUAGCAUCAAUAAAUUCAAUUUAACGCCGACGGAUAUAGCGACGCAGAUGAAUCGACCAGACAUUGUACAAAUAAUUAAUAUCGGAUUGCGUGAUCCUUUGGCAGCCACAGAGCAUUUAGCGUUAGAAAUGAUUUGCGAUAGUAAUAGCGCUGAUUCAGUGGCAAUAGAACCCAUUUUAGAAAUGAGUACUGCUCCAGAAGAAACCAUUACGGAAAUAGAAGAUGACGAGGAAAACAUUGAUGGAGCUUGUAUGCCUAUUGAAACGAUAAUGAUUGAGGAUGAUAUGGAACCUAAAAUAUCAGACGAAUCCUUAAAUUAUAGUGAUGAAGCGAAUGGCAUGAGUAUGGAGACGAUAGAGAAUGAAACUAGUUAUACAGAUUCCCUAAAACUACUUCAACAGCAUGGUAUUACAAUGCUCCCAGUGGACGAUUGCAGUAUUUUGAAUUCAGUUAUGGAAAGUGGCCAUUCCGUUGUUCUUACUGAGGCUGGAAAACAAGCUUUAAAUUCAAUAAAACCCCACGAAAGCAACGACGAUUUUUCGGAGUAUUUACAUAGUAAACCAAUAGUGACAGCAACGACAACAAACGCUGUGAGUCCUGUAAAGAAAAAUCGGAUAAUAACGGUAACGGCAGACGAGUUUCUUGCGAUGACCAAUGGAGGCUCGUUAAACGGCCAAUCAAACAUAUUGAAACAGCUGAACGGAAAGCUUAUAAAUUCCGUGCAAAAGACUGCCCAGAAUAAGCGAAUUGUAAUGAAGAAGAAUAAAUUGGUGACAAUUUCGCCGGCAGUGAACGUGGUAAAAGAAAACAAAAUAGAAAAUUACAACGUCGAUUCGCUAUUGGACGAACUGCAGAAAGUCCACACGUUACUAGAAACGUACAAGAAAAAGUUAAUCAAAUCUGAGAUAGAGACUGCACAUUAUAAGCAACAGGUGAAGAUUCUGACGGAGCAACUGAAAUUUUCCAAUUCGACGUCAUGAUGAUUAAUGUUGGAUAAUUGGUUUUCAACACUGCCGCGUGACAUUCAUUUCAUAUUUCGUAUUUAUUUCGUUUAUCAUUAAUUUCCUUUUAAUUUCUCUUUCGUUUUCUAAGGCAUUUUCUUUGUUUGUUGGUUAUAGUUUUGCAAAGGGAUCAAUCGUUGUUUCGUUGUGAGACACAGUUUGAUAUUAAUUUGAAGAAAAAAAAAAUUAUACUAAGCGGAUGAAAUGUGAUAGCAUUGUUGAUUUUGUAUAUAGAGUGUAAAUAUUGAUUGCAUUACGUUACUGCUGCACUAUUUCAAAGUAUUUUUUUUUGUUAAAUGAAUGGCUUAAUUUUUAUACAUAUGCGACAGGAAAUAUUUAUUGAA